CUUAUUCAAUAGGCAAUUUUGUGUGGUCUAAUUUCAAAUGAAAGAAAGUAUAGUGAUCAAAUUGGAAGAAAGAUUAGUUCAUUCAUCUUCAUCGUGAAACCAGAACCAAUGCCGCAUUGUCUUCGAAGUUCCAGUACAAGAUGAAAUUCCGUACGGUUUCUAGGGUUUUACAGCACAGAAACAGAUCGCCAUCAAUCCAAUUGCACACUUAUCGUCUUGUAGCUCACCUUCAUUCCGCACCUAAGAGACCUUCGUUUGGAAUUGCAUUCGAUAUCGACGGUGUUAUACUUCGCGGACGUAGUCCAAUUGGAGAUUCUCCUAAAGCACUGAAGAGAUUAUACGAUGAUGAUUCUGGUAGUCUUAAGAUCCCAUACCUGUUUCUAACAAAUGGAGGCGGCAUUCCUGAAUCUAGACGGGCGUCUGAGUUGAGUCAACUCCUCGGAGUUGAUAUUGACCCUAUUCAGGUAGUACAGGGUCACUCACCUUUCAAGAACUUGCUGACGAGGUUUGAAAAUGAAUUGGUUGUGGCUACUGGAAAAGGGGAGCCUGCAGCGGUGAUGUCUGAAUACGGUUUCAAGAAGGCUGUCUCCUUAGAUGAAUAUGCGUCUUACUUUGAUAGCAUUGACCCUUUAGCACCGUACAAAAUGUGGACCACAAAGCAGCCAUGCAACAAGCAAAGAAACUUAAGUUUCGAUGUGACUUCUGAAAGAGUUAAAGCAGCUUUUGUUGUUAGUGAUCCUGUUGACUGGAGUAGAGAUAUUCAGGUUCUUUGUGACAUUUUGAGAUCGGGUGGUCUUCCUGGAGAGAAGUCUGAGCAUCAACCAGAUAUGUAUUUUGCAGCUGAUGAUCUUGAAUAUCAGGCUGUGUUUCCUUCCGAACGUCUUGGCAUGGGGGCAUUCAGGAUCGCUUUAGAAAGCAUCUUUAACAGUAUUCACCACAAGCCAUUGAAGUAUACCUCGUUUGGAAAACCAAAUCCUUUCGUGUUCAAGAACGCGGAAUCUGUAUUAAUGCAACUUCAAUCAUUGACGAGUGAUGCUGAUCUUAAUGGAGAUUACAAAGACAAGAAAUCCCACCAUUUUGAAACCCUAUACAUGAUUGGUGACAAUCCGUCAGUUGACAUCAAGGGUGCAAGACAGGCGGGACAUCCAUGGUUUUCUAUAUUGACAAGGACAGGCGUUUUUAGAGGAAAAGAGAACCAUUCAGAUUAUCCUGCUGAUCAGGUUGUUGUUACCGUAGAAGAGGCUGUGGAGUUUAUCUUGCAGAGGGAAUUUGCUUAGCAGAAACACAUAUUUUUUUUCUUACACUCUAUUCGUCUAAAUCAACAUCAUGAUUCAUUUCUGUUCUUCACUUCUUCUGAGUUUAAUUUUAGAAUGGUAUAAGAAACCAAAAUCAAAUCCAAAUGAUGUAUCGGUUUUCUGAGCAAUCAGCCAAACGGAUAUGUUAUAGUACUAAACUACUUUGAGCCGCUUCACAUUCAUUUGUACAGAAAAUCAAACGUCCUAUUCUCAAACCUUAAAACAUAUGAAU